CUGCCUGCGUAGCAUUUGAAGGGAAGAGGGGUUAGAGGUCAAUUUUGAAUUUUUCACGAAUUUGGGAACCCAGAAUAGGAGUGCCAACUUUUAAUUUUGCGUAACCGUUUUAAAAGAAAGCUCAACUACUUCACCAAAGUUUCAUCAGAGAUUUUACCAUCAAAAAAAAAAAAAAAAAAGCGCAAGGGCUAUAAUCUGAGAGUAAGGAACAGGUCUUUAAAGCGAAUACCUUUAACUUAAAGGGGAAAAAAAAGUCAUUAAAUUGUUCUCGUUUUCUGAUUUGACUGGAGACAAGUAAAGACGACCCCGUAUCACUAAUUGUCAGCCCUGCAUUGGGCACCACUAAUUUAGCUACAUUAUAGGGCACUGACAGACAGGGGCAUUUGGUCCCCAGGAAUGUUCUUUCUUGUCAGAACUAUGGGUCUUCCCUGCAACAUUCAAAUAAUAAAAAUAAUAGCUAACGGUUGCUACGUAUUAAAUGCUUCUCAUCCAUAGUCAGAAUUACUUCAACCCAGACCAUACAAUGUGUUGGUACCAUUAGCUCUGAAUUAACAGAUGAGAACAUCAGGGCAUAGAAAGUUGCUGUGAUUUGUCCAGGGUCGACCAGUAAAUGUUGAAGAGGUGAUUUAAACCCAGCCUGAACUCUUUAACAGUCAUUCAGACCAUUCUUAAAAUAAGCGUUUAAAUAUGCCCCUGCCUCAGACUCUUUAUUCAUCAACUUUUAAGUUUUGGAGAUUGAGCUGAGAGAGGACUGUAGCCACUUUUUUGACACACCACUGUUGUUCCUGGGGUAGGACAGGAAGUGUUGAUGUUCCUUUUCGAAACCCAAACAAAUCGAAAUUUGUUUGAUUUUACAAGUGUUUCAUUUUGGCUUAUUUUAGGAUCUUGAAAAUCUGCCUUUGCUUAUUCAAGUGUUAUUAUAUAAGGUUGUUAAUUUCUUUUCUUUGAUCCCUUAAGCUAUAAAAUAGGGACAGGGAAGCAGAAUCACGUACUUAAAAAGAAAGUCUCCUUUGACCCUGCUUUCCCCAGUGGGAAGAUGCAGUUCCCCCACUGACAACUUUAGUAAUCUUAUUUAAUGUCCCAAAGACAUUAGAAUACAGGAUACUCUCUGAUCCUAACUUCUUUGAAAUAAGUCCUAAAUCUAGACCCGUUUGAAAAAGAGCCUUUUUCCUCACUUGCCUAACUCUUUGAACUUGGUGAAUAAUAGUGGAACUCCCAGUAACACAAUCUGUCAUGUAAAUUAGGCUUCUGAAAUACUAAGAGGAAUGUCCUCCAGGUUCUGCCACUAUCAGAGAUUGGUAUGACAAAAAAAAAAAUUUUUUUAAUUGCAAAAUGCACACCCCACUUCCUCUCCUCAAAACAGAGACUCAGGUAAAUAAGAGUGAAGAGAUUAUUAUUAAUGUGGUGGCACUUUUUUCCUAGAAGGCUUAAGUCAUCAUCACCCAGGACUGAAGUUCUCCCCAUUUUCAAAACAGAUGCCGUCAUAUUUCAGUUCAAGAACUAAGAAUGGUUGCAAAAAAGCAUCAAGUGAAGAAUUAUGAUUUGUGACAUGUGAAAAUUACGUGGAACUCCUCAAUGGUUGAAUAAUCCUAGCUGCCAUCCUGGAUCACUCCCCCUCUACCUCGCCAGUGACCUGUUGCUCCAAAGCUGAAUAUGGGGCAAGAGGGGAGAGCCGGAGCGCUGCUGUCCUUGGAGCCUGCAGUGGCGGCAGCAAGCCACACGGCCACAACUGUGAGUCUUGGUCGCUGCGCAGACUCCAGGAGAGCAUGACUGACGAUGCGGCCAGGACCUUGGGGAGAGGGAGCGCCCCCCCAGGGCCUGUCCCAGAGGGCCUGAUCCGCCUCUACAGCAUGAGGUUCUGCCCCUAUGCGCACAGGACGCGCCUGGUCCUCCAGGCCAAAGGCAUCAGACAUGAAGUUAUCAACAUUAACCUGAGAAACAAGCCUGAAUGGUACUUUACAAAGCACCCUUUUGGCAAAAUUCCUGUCCUGGAGAACAGCAAAUGUCAACUGAUCUAUGAAUCUGUCAUUGCUUGUGAGUACCUGGAUGACGCUUAUCCUGGAAGGAAGCUGUAUCCAUGUGACUCUUAUGAGCGAGCUCGCCAAAAGAUGUUAUUGGACCUAUUCUAUAAGGUCCCACAUUUGACCAAGGAGUGUCUGAUAGCAUCGAGAUGUGGGAGAGAAUGCGCUGAUCUGAAGCUAGCCCUGCGUCAGGAGUUCUGCAACCUGGAAGAGAUUCUUGGCUAUCAGAACACAGUCUUCUUCGGUGGUGACUGUAUAUCCAUGAUUGAUUACCUCUUUUGGCCUUGGUUUGAGCGGCUGGAUGUAUAUGGAAUAGCUGACUGUGUGAACCACACCCCCGCGCUCCGGCUCUGGAUCGCAGCCAUGAAGCAGGACCCCACAGUAUGUGCUCUUCUCAUAGAUAAGAACAUCUUCCUCGGCUUCUUGAAUCUCUAUUUUCAGAACAACCCCGAUGCCUUUGACUAUGGGCUAAGUUGCUGAGCCUUGCAGUCCACCCAUUCACCACCCAGAAUUCCCAAGCAUGUCGUGAUUCUGCACUAGCACUUGUUUGGGUGGGGCAGUCAAUCUCUGUUCAUUUUCUCUGAGGUUCCCAAUAAACAUGGAGACAGAA